AUGAUAGGCAUCUUUCUACUCGCCAUUAUCGGUGCCACUGGUGCUUUUUGCCAGAAUUUGCACAGCUACGGCUCAUUCUCGUACCAAGGCUGCUCUUCGAUCGACCCGUCUUGCUUCGGAAAUGCGCUUGUGUUUUCUGACAGCCGCCUGACUCCUGAAGCGUGCCAACAUGCCUGCCAAGGUCACCAAUUCGCCGCUCUUCUUCCUGAUUCCUGCCGAUGUGGAGAUGAUGCGAAUGGUGUUCAACCAGCCGACGAGUCAAAGUGUGACUAUCCCUGCGCGGGAGACAGCACUCUCGGCAUGUGUGGGAGCAUCUGCCCAGAGAAUGCACCUAUCAUUGCCAACGUCUACACACGAGUUACACCUAGCCAGGCGCCAGCAUAUGGAAACCCAACAAGCAUUCAAUCUUCUGUCGCGGUGGCUGAUACUUCUUGUACAUCUACCGACGUCUCGUCAGUUGGAGAGCCGUGGCAGCCUCAGAGAAUCACGCCAGAAGGGCCAGCACCAGGAGUUCCAACAUCUUUCGUUGGUCCUGCAUCUGGAGAUCCAGCAGCAUCAGUGAAUCCAACUCUUGGCGCUCCCGCCUCUCAGAGUCCUCAAGAAUCACCAUGCGCUACUGAGAGCAAUACUGGCUUGAGCACGCCUUCUCAGGGCCCCCAAGAUCCCCAGGGCUCCCAGGGACCUCUUACUCCAACUGACAAUGCUCCGGAGCCCAAAACAUUCUCCAGCCCUAAUCAACAAGCUCCAAAUGCGACACCUGCUGCCAAUUGCGCUUCACCUCAACCAGAGUCUUAUUCUGGUGGGAAUGCUCCAGGCUCUCCUGGUGCACAUCUUGGUGGUGUUGAUUCAGCGAAUGACUGUGAUCCUGCUGGAGGGCCAGAUGAAUCUCCUGUCAUUUCCCCCGAGAGCACUCUCUGGCCGUGGCCAAGCAAGAAACCCGAGGGUGAUCCUCCGGUUCCCUCUCACGUUCCGGCAUCAGAUUCUCCUUCUGGGUCCAAUCCUCCUCUCUGUGGCGGAUUCAUCUUGCUGGCAGCAGCAAUUAUCUGGUAA